AUGUCCUUUGUAGCCGUGGGACGGGCUGUGCGAGCCGGCCUGCCCAGGGUCCUUGCCCCCGGCAUGGCCGCCGGCCGCCGCGGCUUCUCCUCCUACCUCGUCACCCCCAAGGAGCUCAACGAGGCGCUCCAAAAGAACCCGCCCUCGUCCAUCAACACAGACGCGCGCGUCAUCCCCCUCUGCGCGUCGUGGUUUCUCCCCAAUGAUGAGCGCACCGGCAUCCAGGUGUUCCGCGAGCAGCGCAUACCAAAGGCGCGCUUCUUUGACCUCGACAAGGUCAUUGACAAGCGCAGCCCGUACCCGCACAUGUUGCCCACCGCCAAGGGCUUCGCCGGCGCCAUGAGCGAGCUCGGCAUCCGCAAGGAGGACGUCGUUGUUGUCUACGACUCCAAGGAGCUCGGCAUCUUCUCGGCACCCCGCGUCGGCUGGACCCUCAAGAUUUUCGGCCAUGAAAACGUGCACAUACUCAAUAACUUCAAGCUGUGGGUGCAAGAGGGCUAUCCCACAGAGUCGGGGGAGCUGUACAGCGUGGAAUGCUGCACGUACCCGAUCCCUGAGCUGGACGAAAGCAAGGUCGCCAGCUUUGAGCAUGUCAAGGAGGUCGCGGAAGACUACAACAAGGAGGGCUCAGAAGGCGUCCAGAUCCUGGAUGCGCGACCCAAUGGACGCUUCACUGGCCAGGCUCCCGAGCCGCGCGAAGGACUAUCCUCGGGCCAUAUGCCUGGAUCCAUCAGCCUGCCUUUCAGCGAUCUGCUCGAUCCGACCACCAAGGCAUACCCUUCGCCGGAGAAACUAAAGAGCAUUCUGUCAAGCAAGGGGGUUGACCCCAGCAAGCCCAUCAUUUCCAGCUGCGGAACUGGCGUGACGGCCUGCGUUAUUGAGACUGCGCUCGAGGUUGCCAAUUACGGGAACCCAGAGUCGCGAAAGGUGUAUGAUGGCAGCUGGACGGAAUGGGCACAGCGUGUGCAACCCAGCGAUAAUCUUAUUCUCAAGUCUGAGUAG